AUGUCCGCCGAAGAGCCAAAGUCCUACGUAAGUUGGAGAAAAAAGGGAAAGUAGGAGAGAGUGAGAGAGAAGAAAGAAGAAAAACGAGAUGAGUCAGCGUACUGUAUCAAUGUUUUUUCUUACCCCUCGCUCCGCUUUCACAAUAUGUGACGGAUGAUGCAAUAGGCGACUGGAGAUGAGUGAAUCAGAAAGAAUGCGCAGGCGAGAGAAGAAAACCGACGGAAAUGUUAAAUUAGAAAGUUCCCCGUGCCGGAAAGUGCAUUGAUGUUUGGCCGGUUUGUUGUUGAAUCAGCACGGGGGAAUGUAUCGAAAACAGUAAAGUGAGCGGACGGGAUCGUUUCGAAAUGUCAAGUUUUAUGGCAGCAAGUGAUCAAAUUUUGCAACCAAAGGGAUCUUUCGAUGCGAAAUGGAAUUUCCCCUUCUCGGCAGCUUUACUACUUCACAAAAGUCCUUCCGAAUAGUCCAUUUUGCCCUUCUGGUCUGCUUGUUUUUGGUCUUCUCUUUCCCCUUCGAUGAAUUCGACCGAGAAUUACCGAGAAUUCAAGUGAAAACGGUGCUUCAUGUCUUCCCUCGACCCUUGUUCUUUUCCGGUUUUGAAAGUCGAAUCGCAAUUAUUCGAACAGAACAGAAUCAGGAAGCCACGACUCGUGGGAACCUCAUCUGCCUAUCCGCGUCACGCAUCGAUUGCCUCGCUCAAAUUCCUCUUGUCUGCGAGUUGAAAUCUGCAAAGUUGAAAUAGCAGGUGCCGUGUUUGAAGCAUUUCGAUUCAUUUCCCGCCGUUUCGCGCCUCUGAAGUUUGCACGUGACCGUCGGAGAAAGGCGGUAAACAGUAAUGCGUCGCCGCAAAUAUUGAGCAACAAUUGGAAGAGGUUCAUGCGUUUGUGCCCGCAAUUCCGUAUUGAAUAUACUUCGUGGACACGAAUUUGUGAUCGAUUGAUCUGCUCCAGAACGUUCUUUUCUUCCUUCGUCCGCCUAAUACCGAUGAAUCAUUGCUGGGACGACGUCGACGAGAGAGCACACAUGUGAACGGAGAAGCAGACACGCACAAAAAGAAACAUUUUCUGACUGUGCUUCUGCGCGUCUCUCUCACCUCUGCGCGUUCUCUCGCCUCGAAGUGGGCGGAGCUUGCAAAUGUUAUGAGUGUUUCGUUGUCUGCGUCGUCCGCGUCUCUCCCAGCUUGUAUUGAAACUGUUACCGGGCGUUAGUUUCUCGCUUGGCACUCGUCCUGGACGGUCGCCUUCUCUCGCUCUGACUGCAAGCUCGCUCGCUGCCUCCUUCGUCAUGUCAACUCCUGCAUUCCUUCGUUGGUACGAUCAGGAGAAGGUGAGCACAGCGGACACCUGAAGAGACUUUCGCUAAUUAAAUUACUUUUGCCUGCCAAUUCCGCUCUACUGCAUUCCACAUAUAUUGAGUUCCAAAUUGGGAAAGCUCGUGACUGUGAUUUCAGUUGAUCCCGACAAACACCUAUAUAGAUUUUAAAGCUAUAGUAGGAACGAUUCCCAUUCUCUUUCGAGAAAAUGUUUUUGUAUGACUCACCUUCCGCCGGAACACUUUAAGAAUCAUCUGGGAACUGACAAAUUUUGCUGUUAUCGCUCCUUUCGCCUACGCUUUUUCUCGGUCGUUUCUAUUCCAUUAUCACAAUGGAAUGACACGGAUUCUUGUGUGGAAAUGCAACAGCACCGAAAAAACACAGCAAACAAACAAAGAAAACGUUUGUCGACGCCUUCAGAUGUGUAGGGAGAGCGCGCGAAGAUUGGCGAGACAGAUUGGAUAACUGCUCUUCCGGCUCCAUGGGUCGCUACUUGCUCGCUUGCUUAUUCUGUUCGCUAGUGUCACGCAAGCUCGGCGAGUCCCUUUUUCUGACAUGAUCACCCUACUGAACAUUCUAAGAUGGCACAUAGAAGAGGAAGAUAAGAUGGUUUCUCUCUUCUGCACUCCCCUCUCCCAACUCAAUCUGUUCGCUUUCAGCCGGUGCCAUACCGCUCGGUGCUCCAGGAGAAGUUCGAGCCAGGACAAACCCUCAUCGUCAAGGGAUCGACCAUCGACGAGUCGCAGCGCUUCACCAUCAACCUCCACUCGAAGACCGCUGACUUCUCCGGAAACGACGUCCCGCUCCACGUCUCCGUCCGCUUCGACGAGGGAAAGAUUGUCCUGAACUCGUUCUCCAACGGAGAGUGGGGCAAGGAAGAGCGCAAGUCGAACCCGAUCAAGAAGGGAGACUCCUUCGACAUCCGCAUCCGUGCUCACGAUGACCGCUUCCAGGUGAAAGCAUUCCAUGUAUCCGCUCAAACUGAACCUUCAAUUUUCAGAUCAUCGUCGACCACAAGGAGUUCAAGGACUAUGAGCACCGCCUGCCGCUCUCGUCCAUCUCGCAUCUUUCGAUCGACGGAGACCUUUACCUGAACCACGUCCACUGGGGAGGAAAGUACUACCCGGUCCCAUACGAAAGCGGACUUGCCAACGGACUCCCGGUCGGAAAGACCCUUCUGGUCUUCGGAACCGUCGAGAAGAAGGCCAAGCGCUUCCACCUGAACCUUCUCCGCAAGAACGGAGACAUCUCGUUCCACUUCAACCCGCGUUUCGAUGAGAAGGUAAGAAAGAAUUCCCCUGUGUGUUUGCACCAUUGCCAACGUGCAAAUAAGGCGUCUGCUCCACAAACAUCAUUUUUGUGUUGCCGAACAGUUUGUGUCGAGCGAGAUCAAGUGAAAGUGCAGCAAACACGUCGAAAUUCUUCCACUUUUCAGCACGUCAUCCGCAACUCGCUCGCCGCCAACGAGUGGGGAAAUGAGGAACGCGAGGGCAAGAUUCCGUUCGAGAAGGGAGUCGGAUUCGACCUGGCCAUCCAGAACGAGGAGUACGCCUUCCAGGUGUUCGUCAACGGAGAGCGCUUCGCCUCGUUCGCUCACCGUGCCGACCCGCACGACAUCGCCGGACUCCAGAUCUCCGGAGACAUCGAGCUCUCUGGAAUCCAGAUCCAAUAA